GAAGGAACUUGCCACCGUCCAAGAUCGACAGCAGCAAGGUGUGUUUAGGUUACAUUCCCCAUUCCAUGAACCUGGUAACAUUGCAUUUAUCUUCAAAUAGUUUGUCCUACCAAUCGUUGGCCAACUGCUCAUCCUUUCUUCAGGUUGUUGACUCAAUUGUCUCGCACGGGAGCUUCUUAAAUAAUUGCUUCAUAGAGCACAGCGUCGUUGGUAUCAGAUCGCGCAUAAAUGCUAACGUUCACCUGAAGGACACAGUGAUGCUCGGAGCUGACUUUUAUGAAACUGAUGCCGAAGUAGCCGCGCAGUUUGCCAAGGGAAAAGCCCCCAUCGGCAUCGGAGAAAACACGAAAAUCAGGGAUUGCAUCAUCGACAAAAAUGCAAGAAUUGGGAAGAAUGUUGUCAUUGCGAUUCUGAGGGAAUACAAGAAGCUGAUAGAUCUUCGGAAGGCUUUUACAUCAGAUCCGGCAUCAGCGUCAUCCUAAAAAACUCAACGAUCCCGGACGGAUUUUUAAUAUAAACUGACCACCCUAUCCUUUCAUUUUGUUAUGCAAUUAGGAUGGGAUAUCAAGGGGACCAAAGAAGACAAUGAAUACAAGAUUAUGUUUGCUAGAGAAGGGAAAGAAACAUGUCACUGCAAAUAGCUAGUGGCUUCAAAAGGCA